GCUCCGCCUAUAAAUAGCUGAAAUGGGAAAGUCACAAACAGUAGUUCUCUGCUUGUUGCAGUGAUCAGUUGUAACGUUAGUGAUUUGUUUGUUUAUAUCCAAAAGUUAACCGAUAAUGUCUGGUCGUGGGAAAGGAGGAAAAGCUAAAGCUAAGGCGAAGUCUCGUUCAAACAGAGCCGGACUGCAAUUUCCAGUUGGUCGUAUCCACAGACUUUUGAGAAAAGGAAAUUAUGCUGAAAGAGUCGGUGCUGGAGCUCCAGUUUAUUUGGCUGCAGUUAUGGAGUAUCUGGCUGCUGAAGUUCUCGAAUUGGCGGGAAACGCCGCACGAGAUAACAAGAAGACUAGAAUUAUUCCAAGACAUUUGCAACUUGCCAUCCGCAAUGAUGAGGAAUUAAAUAAACUUCUGUCUGGCGUUACCAUUGCGCAAGGAGGUGUUCUUCCAAAUAUUCAGGCUGUACUUCUGCCAAAAAAAACUGAGAAAAAAGCUUAGACUUAUGACAAACUAAUGACAAAAUGGCCCUUUUCAGGGCCACAAA